GUCUCCACAGCCACAAUAUCCGCAACAAGUUCGCUAGUGUGAGGUUAUGUAGCUAGCUAUAUAGCUAUCCCGCUACCGUGAGUUUCGAUAUAACGUUAACCGAAGAGUUACCUAUUAAACCACAAACUUGCAAAAGUGAAUACGUGCACCUCCAUAUAUAGUAUAUCAGCGAUAUGUACCUAGCUAGUAUGGUAAUCUAGCCAGAAUUUCGCGUCCCCUUUGAAGAGUUCUUGCUGCUUACGUUAGCUUGCGAGCUAGCUAGCUUUAAUAAAAAUUUUCGAGAUGGGACGAGGAGGUGGUCGGAAGCGUGGAAAAGGCAAUGGACCUCCUCCAUUUGACAUGGGACCAAGGCGGCCUCAUCCAUUUGACAUGGGCCCAGGACCAGGUUGGUGUGGGCCGUCUGGACCUUUUGGUCCUUUUCACGGUGGCCCCGGUCCACAUCCUAACUUUAUGGGAGAUCCAAUGAUGCAAGGCCCCAUGCCACCUGAUUAUCACGGAUAUGGGCCAGGCUACGGGCCAAUGGGUCCAGGUGGCCCCAUGGAUGGAUACGGACCAAUGGGGCCAGGUGGCCCCAUGGAUGGAUACGGGCCAAUGGGUCCAGGUGGCCCUAUGGAUGGAUGUUUCGAUGGGCCGCCGAUGGAUGGACCAGGAUUCGGGUAUGGUCCAGGUAUGCCUGGACCAUAUGAUCCGAUGAUGGGCAAUGUACCAGGACCAAUGCCCCCAGUUAUGCCGCCCCCAGUUAUGCCCCCCCCAGUUAUGCCCCCCCCUGGUAUUCCUCCCCCAGGUAUGCCGCCCAUGGUGCCGCCUCUGGUGGACAACCCUGGCUUUCCUCCACCCUGGCAAAGCGAGGCAAACCCUUAUGCUGUCCCUCCUCCGUCGUGGCCCGUCCCGACAACAGCCCCCGUUCCGACUGAGACGACUGUAGUGCCUGAUGUGUGGGGACUCUGCCGGGGCUCCGAGGUCCCUCAGCCUGAUCCCCCCCAGACUGAUGAACAGAAGACCAAAGUGUCCAAGAAGGAAAAAAAAUCGUCAGGGAAGAAGAGCUACAAUGACAAGCCUCCUCCACCUGGAAGAUCCAAGGGGGUCAUCUCAUUCAUCGGGCCAACUUAUGGCUACAUCGAAAGAGAUGAUCUCAAAAAAUAUUCCUUCACUUUUGAUGCUUUUCUGGGAGUCCCCAAGAACAUGAUACCUGGGGUCAGGGUGCAUUUUACAGCCUACAAGGAGAAGGCAGGGGAAUGUGCGACCGAUGUAUCUGUACCUCCAGGGGGGACUGAGGAGAUUGACUCCACCAUUAUCGAAGGUUUUGUCUGCAAUGCUAUCCCGGAGCAGCAGCCUGGUGCAAAGCAGAAACCUGGCCAAAUUGAGGCUAACAUCGAUGGCAAGACAAGAGCGCUGCUUUACUCAGAGAAGGACUGCACCAUCACCCUGUUGCAAGGGGACCAUGUGACGUUCAACUUGUUAACCGACAUAGUUUCCCAAAACAUUAGAGCCACUAAUAUUCGGCCAAAGACACCACAGACUUUUAAGAUUACUGGAGAGAAGAGGGAGGUGGGUGUGAUAAUGAGCGUAAAGGGUGGCACUGGCACCAUCAUGGCAGCGAACCAGAACAACCUGCCCUUUGAGACCACAGAGAACAUGAGUCUAACUGAGUUCACUGUUAUGGAUGAGGUGGACUUUACAGUCGUCACAAUCAAAGCGAAGGAGAAGGCCAUCAGAGUAAGGAAGCUGAAGUGCUUGGUGACACUGGAAGAUACCAUGGAGAAGAAGAUUGAAGACACUGCAGGAAAAGACAAGUGGAAGCCAGUGGCCCCAGUGGAGGAGGUGCUGCCCCAGAGGACUGUGGUGUUUGAGGACGUUAGCACUGCGCAACAUGCAGGAACGGUCAUUAAGGCUGUCCUCAAGGUCUCCGACAAGAAGCAGGAGCAGGGCCUUUUGGAGGCGUCGGUGGGUGGCACACAGAAGCAGUUAUCGUUUGAAGCAGCUGACAUUCUGACUGAAGCCACCAUGUUUGACGGAGACAAGGUUCACUUUAACAUCUCCACCAACCGUGAGACCAAGGAGGAGCGUGCCAUCAACGUGGAGAUUCUCUCUGAGACGUUUGAGGAGUCAACAGAGCAACGCAGAACUGGUGUGGUGGUGCAAGCUGGGGAGCUGUCUGGGACCAUUAAGUGCCAUCAGAGCCCCCAGCUGCUCUUCUUCCGUCUGACUGAGGUCAUGGAGGAGAAGAAACUGGACAUCUCAGAGAAGGUGGAGUUCAGUGUCAUUCCGCUUGAAACAGCUGAAGGAGGCAACCAAGCGAUCAGGAUCAAACGCUUUAUCGACAGUGUCUUCACCCGUGUGCCCAAGCUAGGGGGCGUGGCAGCAAAAGAAAAGAAGAAGAUGACCAUCAAACUGAUGAGAGACCCAAAAGUGCUCAUCAAGGGCGCAGGUGUCAAAGUAGAGCACAGAGAUGCUGAUCCUACCAACGACAAACCUGCCUCGGAGGAGUCGGACAAGAUGAAAGCAGUCGUAAAAACUCUGCGGUCAAAAACUGCUGGCUCUGGAUCUGGUGGCAAGGACUCCGACAGCAGCCGGCGGAGAUAUGGGCGCAGUGGCAGAAGCCGAAGCAGGAGCCCCAGCCUAGACCAGUUUGGCCGGGUGAAGAAAAGGCUGAGCACGAGCAGGGAGCGCAGAGAGCGGGGUGGUAGCAGCAGGUACAGGAGCAGUCGCAGCAGGAGUCGGAGCAGGGAGAGGAGCAGCCGUGGGAGCAGGAGACGAAGCCACAGUCUGGAGAGAAAAGAUUCCAAACACAGGAGCAGCAGCAAAGAGAGGACAUCUUCGAAAAGGAGCCACAGCAAGGAGCGAGAUGGAAGCAGUCAGAGGAGCUCCAAGAACGGUUCAAGCUCAGGAAGUAAACCUCCAGAUAGAAUGAACGAUGAGCUAGAAAGAAAGAAGAGGGAACUAGAGGAGCUCAAUGAGUUGAUAUACCGCAAGAGAGCCAUGGUCGCCAUGGAGCAACAUGGUGGAGUUCCCCAUUUCCUGCCAGAAGGGAAGCCUAUGGAGAAGACCUGCUUUGACUACAAUCAUGGAAUGCCAGAGCUUCCUCCACAACCUAAACCACCCACUGACAUCAAACCCAAGUCCAUUCUGAAGAAGCGCCCGGACCAUGUCACAGGGCCACUUUUCCCAAUUCAGACUGAACCCCCUAAAGCUCAACCUCUUGAUCAAAGGCUUGUGGAACAAUACGGUUAUGACGUUGAGACGGCCUAUAAACCACACUCUGCCCAACCACCCUUCACCCAAACAUCCGGUCAGAAGUCCUAUUAUGAAGGUUCAGCUGGGCAUCCUGCUCCUGACCUAUCUGCCAAGUAUGAUCCAUAUGAGCAGACUUCUAGAGAGCACCCAUCACAACCUUCUCCAGUUCGCCAAACACCUCUUGACCCUCAUUCUUCAAAUCGACCUCCUCCCAGCCGAGAGUCUCAGGAAAAGAACCCUAACUUGAACACCCAGCUCGCCCGUUUCCUCAACAUCCUCAACAAAGGUGUGGAUGCCGGUCUGCUCUCCACUGUGGUCAAGGAGUCUCGAGAGGAGAUUGCUGGUAUUCAGGAGGAUAGUUCCAUACCUCAAAAGUGUUAUCGUGGGUCGCGUGACCGUGGGGAUGAAGAUCAGUACAGAGGAAGAGAGGAGGAGCCAGAGCGCUCAAACAGGGGCUUCGCCAGGGAGCGAGUGAAGACCUCAGACACUAAAGAUGACCCCAGAAACGAAGACCGGCUGCUACCUCACGAGAGAGCAAUCCAGGACGGUAGUGGCUUUUCCGGAAUUCUAGGAAUGACACACAUCUCAACAUCAACUCAGGAGAAGAAAAGGAAGAAGGUACCAGACAUUGACGAUGAGGAAAAAUUCCUUUAUGGUGAUGAAGAUGAUCUAGAGAGGGGCAGGGCUCCGGCUCCAGAAGAAGCUCCCUGUCAGCACAGUCUGUCAGAGCUCUAUGGUGAUAUUAUGAGUGAGCCGGCACGCUAUGGCGCCUCACCGCACCUAGAGGGCCAUCCUGGUAUUGUCGAUCAGAGAAACUCUUGUCAGCAACAGGUGGACAUGAGGUAUCAGCGUCAAAGCAGGUCCUCUGCCACCCCUGACUAUAAUAUCAAGGUUGAAGAGCCUAAUGAAUUCCCACUAGGAACAGGACCAGUGGAAGGGAAGGAGAAGCAAGACGUGGAGGAGUACGAGAAGAUCCAGGACCUCCUCAAAACCAUUGGGCUGGAUCUGGGGGUGAUGGAGAUCAGCAAGAUGGCUGCCAGGACUCAGGAGCGUCUGCAUGGAAAGAGGCCCCCUCCGAAAACCCCCUCACCUUGUCCUGGGAGGAGGCGGGGUCACCGUGACUCUUCAGGAAGCUCAGACAGGAGCAGGGGUAAGAGCGACAGUGGGAGUAGCUCCAGUAAUGGGAGCAGUUGUAGCAGGAGCCUGAGCAGCAGCCUUGAAAACAGCAGGAGACGGAAGAAGUCACCCCCAUCUGACAGGCGCAGCACCCAUGGGACGUCUCGAGGCGGCAGAGAGGUGAAGACUGAAACUACUCCAGUGACACCCACCCACCCUUCUAUCUCGAUGCCUGCCUACGCCCAAGCCCAGGGACAUGGUCCGGUACCUCCCAACUAUCCACCUCCUGGCUAUGGGCAGUAUGGGAACUGGCCUUACAUGCCCCAACAGUGGCCGGUGUACCCACCUCCAUCUAUGGGCAUGCCGCCUCAAUCUCCCAUUGAAGAUUUUCCGAAAGCCCCGUUUGACAGACCAUACCUUAAAGUCAUCCAGCCAGAGUUGCACCAGGGGGGUGGAAGAAAGGCAUCGUCAAAGAUGGCCCCUCAGGAUAAUGGCAAGGACAGGAGGGUUUUAGAAGAGAGAAAUAAUGAAAGCCAAAAACAAAAGGUCCUUGAAGAACGUGAAAAACUGAGAAGAGACCGAGAGAUCCGCAUGAAGAAGAAAGAUUAUCUCAUGAAGGAACUGGAGAGAUUGCGAAAACAGCAAGGGGAGCUGCUGCGCAAAAAGCGGCGUGAAAAAGAUGGCCAUAAGGACCCAUUACUGUCAGACAUCAGUCGGCUCCAGGAAGAAGUCAUGUCUCAGAUUGCUGUGCUCCGCAACGAGCACGAGGUAGCAGAGAAGAAACGAUCCGAGCUUGACAAAGUGGCUCUAAUUCUCGGUCUACAACCAACUGACAAGCCCCGGCGAGAGGGUAGGGCUUCUGGGGACCUUGAGCAACCACCACCUCCAGACAAGGAGAAGAAUCAGGAGCGCGCUCGCAGCCGAGAGAAAUCACCUGGGGUCCAGGCCUCUGCUAAGGCUGGAACACAGAUCGCCUAUGUCGUCAAGGCAGCAGCAUUGUCCUUAAGAGCCUCUCCUAUAAAACCGAAGAAGAAAGCCCCCGCCAGUGCCCAGCCUCCCGAGACUUCAGCAGACCUGUUUGAAUACUAUGACGCUGGGAACCACUGGUGCAAAAGCUGCAAUGCCACUUGUGGUUCCAUGUUCGAUUUUUUCACACACUUGCACAGCAAAUCGCAUCGAAAGACUCAGGAUCCUUACAAUCGACCGUGGGCUUCAAGUUCCUCCAACAAUGAGAUGAAUAAGAUGUACUCAUCAGGAGAGAAAAUGACUAAACCUGCUAAAGGAUCUGAGUUUUUGGUACCUGUGAGGGGAUAUUAUUGCCAGCUGUGCGAGGAGUUUUACGGGGAUGCAAUUUGUGCUGAAGAUCAUGCCACGAGUCAUACUCACAAUGAGAAAUACAAGAAACAAAUGUAUGAGUAUCCACUCUACGAACAGAGAAGGAACCUGGAUCGUCAGGCUGGACUCACGUUGGAAGUUGGUGACAAAAAGCACUCUGAGCUCAAACGCAAACACGAAGAGGAAGAAUCCAAAAAGAGCAAAGAGAAGGAGGAAGGGAAACAUAAACGCAGCAAAAAGGACAAGGAAAAGGACAAGGAGAAGUUCAAACACAAAGAGGACGAGGGGAAGGCUAAGCACAGCAAAAAGGAGGAGAAGUACAAAUAUAACAAGAGGGAGGAGGAGGAGGUGGAGAGGGCCAAGUACAGCAAAAAGGAGGAAGAUGAGAGAUCUUUGUACAACAAGAGAGAGGAGGAGGAGAGAUAUAAACAUAGCAAGGAGGGGGGAGAUUGGCCCAAGUACAAUAAGAAGGAUGAAGAGAGAUACAAGCAUAGCAAGGAGGAGGAGAGGUUAAAAAAUCGCAGGGAGGAGGAAGAGAGGCCAAGGUCGAUCAGGGUAGAGGAGAGACCCAAGUUUAGUUGGAGGGAUAAUGAGGAGGAGGAAGACCGGUCCAGAUAUGGUAAGGGGAAAGAGCCCAACCCCAAAUAUAGCAAGGAAGAGGAGGAGAGGUGUAGAUCAGAGAGGGAGGAAGGGAAACCUAAGAAUGAAAAGGAGGAAAGACAAUCAAGAAAAGACAAGGGUGAGCGUCAAAGGGAAGAGGAGAAGUCAGGAUAUAGAAAGCAGUCUGAGCCUGAGAAACCCAGUGAGCCUCCCAAAGUGUUCUGUGGGCCUAAUCCAGCAUUGAGAGCAAAGCUGCGCAAGAAAAGUGAGGAAACAGCCAAAGUGGAGCCAAAGGCUCCAUCUGCUUUUGGGAAGUUCAGCUGGAAGAAAAAACUAGAAAAUGACCUUGCAAAGGAGGCAGAGAGAGUGGCUGCUGAGUUCCUGAAGGAAGAUGAGGCAGAUGCUGAAGAGGAUGAUGACCCGGAUGCGUUUUCAAAGUCUGUGGCCGCAGCCAAGAGCAUUGCUAUCAAGCUGUCAGGGAAGACAGUCAUCCCCCCAGCUAACACAUGGGUACCCUUCAACUCUGGAAAAAUAUGCCCAAACCUUCCUGCUCCCUCCAUAGUCUUGAGAAAGUCCUCCGGACUUGGGCCCUGGGUCUAUGCUAAACCGGCCCCUCUCAACACCUUAGUCUCUAUCAGACCUGCCAGUGGAGUGACACCUCUGCCUGUCAUACAGAACCAGCCUACAAAGGACCUUGUACUGGAAGCAGACAUAAUUUCCAAGGCGUUCUGUGGUGAGGAAGUGGAUUUUAAAGCAGAUGGCACCGGGAAUCCAGAUCCCAAUUUUACACCAGACAAAAACAAAGCUUCCACAAUGGAGUUGGUUAGUCAAGCCCCCACAUCCACUCCUUCAGCAGUGAUGCCCGAGUUCAAGACUCCCCUGCCUCCACCGCCUGUCCUGACCAUGAUGACCAUGGAGUCUGAUGUAUCUGCACCAGGAGUUCCUGAGAGUGAGCAGAAUGUCCCUGUGAUGGUCACACCCCCUCCUUUCAUGCAGAGACCCCCAAGUGAGGUGAUGAAGAAAUCCGAGAAACCGAAGUCUAGCCUAGCUGCCGCAAAAGCCCAAGAUUUAUUUGACAUAUUUUAUAGCAGCAGUAGCACAGCCAGUACCACAUCCACCACCAGCACUGCCAUGUCCACUAAAGCAGUCGUAGAGUCCAAAGCUGCACAGAAUGACUCAAAGAACAGCGAAGCCUUGGAGGCUACGGCCCCACAAACAGAGCAAACCCAACCUGAGCUCCCAGCUCUUGACAACAGUAACACCAUUGAAACUGACACAAAGGAGUCAAUAGAGACUUAUACUGGGUCUGACCCACAGCCCAAGGAAGAUGCACCUGAGAAUGCCCACAUACAAUUGGAUAACCCAUCAGAUACCCUGGGUAUCUCAACAGAGACCCUGGAUCUCCCAACAGAAGUGCUGGGCCUAGAUCUGUUUGAUUAAAAUUUUGAUUAACAGAUCCAACUAGACACCC